AUGUGCGCAACCCUCCAGAACUACAACAAUGAGCUGGUGAAGUCCAUCGAGGACCUCCGCGAGAAGAGGGAGGAGCUGAACCGUCAGAUCCUCAAAGAGGAGGAGGACAAAGCCAAGAUCCAGAAGGAGCUAUCUAUCCUUACGGACCGGCUGCAAAAGAUCAACGAGAGCCUGGUCCGCAAGACCCAGGCGCGCAACGAGUAUGACAAGACCAUCCAGGAGACCGAGGCGGCCUACAUGAAGAUCCUGGAGUCCUCGCAGACGCUGUUGCAUGCCCCUUUCGAUGCAAGUAUUGACGUUGAGAGUCAAAUCCUUCCUCGUGUUGAUAGGGAACGCAGUCAAAUUUGCGGAAGUUGA